GCUUAGACAGAAAGAACAGUGUUCUUUUGUUCUCUCCGUAGGCAAUGAACGGAACGGUUUUUAUACUCCAAAUCCCAAUUUUCUCCUCGCACUAGAGAGAGAGAGAGAGGUGGAGAGGUCGAAGAGAGAGAGAGAGAGAGGAUCUCAAUCUCCGUUCAAUUCAAGCCCUUUCUGUUGUUGUUUUCGACUUGGAAUGGUUGAAUCUGAAGGCAACAUUUUCUAUGCAUUUCUCGCCGAUUCCGAGGACGCGAUCUUCUGACGGGGAGCCACCUGCACCGCUGCGCGAUCGGUUCAUGCACUGAUUUGUUGAUUCCUCGAUUUGAUCGAUUUUUUAGGCCUUGAUUUGUCGGCAGAGAUGAACGGUGGUGACGAUGGAGGGGGCGCCGCGGCAGCUCCAACGGGCCCGCCGCCGCCACCGCUCGAGUGGAAAUUCUCUCAGGUGUUCGGUGAGAGGACCGCGGGGGAAGAGGUUCAGGAAGUGGAUAUCAUUUCGGCAAUUGAGUUUGAUAAAACUGGUGACCACCUUGCUACUGGUGAUCGUGGGGGCAGAGUUGUAUUGUUUGAGAGGACUGAUACAAAGGAUCAGCAUGGUGGAAGCCGAAGGGAUCUAGAGAGAAUGGAUUAUCCAAUUAGUAGACACCCAGAGUUCCGUUAUAAAACAGAGUUUCAGAGCCAUGAACCUGAGUUUGAUUACCUUAAGAGCUUGGAGAUUGAGGAGAAAAUCAACAAGAUCAGGUGGUGCCAAACAGCUAAUGGCGCCUUGUUCCUUCUGUCCACGAAUGACAAAACUAUUAAAUUCUGGAAGGUUCAGGAGAAGAAAGUCAAGAAAAUUUCUGAAAUGAAUGUUGACCCUUCCAAAGGAAAUGGUGGUGUUGCCAGUUCAAGCAUCUCUUCUGCUGCUAGACCAUAUCUUGCAAAUGGAGGAUACCCGGACAAACCUUACAAUUGCCCACAAGGGGGCAUUCCAUCACUACGUCUACCAGUGGUAGUAACUAGUCAUGAGACCAGCCUUGUGGCAAGGUGCAGAAGGGUUUAUGCUCAUGCACAUGACUAUCAUAUCAAUUCUAUCUCAAAUAACAGUGAUGGUGAAACAUUUAUAUCUGCUGAUGAUCUGCGAAUAAACCUCUGGAACUUGGAAAUUAGCAAUCAAAGUUUCAAUAUUGUUGAUGUGAAGCCUGCUAACAUGGAGGAUCUAACUGAGGUGAUAACAUCAGCAGAGUUUCAUCCUAGCCACUGUAACAUGUUGGCAUAUAGUAGUUCAAAAGGGUCAAUACGCCUUAUUGAUUUGCGGCAAUCAGCUUUAUGCGAUUCACAUUCAAAGCUGUUUGAGGAACAGGAGGCGCCUGGUUCAAGAUCUUUUUUCACAGAAAUAAUUGCCUCAAUUUCAGAUAUUAAAUUUGGAAAGGAUGGAAGAUACAUACUUAGCCGUGAUUAUAUGACUCUUAAGCUGUGGGACAUAAACAUGGAUUCUGGUCCAGUUUCAACCUUCCAGGUCCACGAGUACUUAAGGCCUAAGUUAUGUGAUCUGUAUGAAAAUGAUUCCAUCUUUGACAAGUUUGAGUGUUGCUUGAGUGGUGAUGGGCUGCGGGUAGCAACAGGUUCUUACAGCAAUAUAUUCCGAGUGUUUGGUUGUGUUGCGGGCAGUACUGAAGCGACUACUUUGGAAGCCAGCAAAAACCCCAUGAGGAGACAAGUUCAGACCCCUUCAAGGCCUUCCAGAUCGCUCAGCAGUAUAACUCGUGUUGUUAGACGAGCAGGAGCAGAAAGCCCAGGAGUUGAUGGGAAUGGGAAUUCAUUUGAUUUCACCACAAAGUUGCUCCACCUAGCAUGGCACCCAACCGAAAACUCAAUUGCUUGUGCUGCUGCAAACAGCCUGUACAUGUACUAUGCAUGAAGACGACAAUGACCUAGAAGAGGAAGAAGAAGAAGAAACUCAUUGCUGCUUGUUUAAACUUUUUUCGGGGUUGCUGUUGGACGACACUCUUUCCCCCCUUUUUGCACCAACCAGCAACAAGAGGCUUCCAGGUUUCUCACAUUCCAACUCGCCCUCGUAAUUGUGUGUAGCAUGUGCAUUAUUAAAUAUAUAUAUCGAAAGGUCCAGACUCCAGAAGUUGCUGCUGCAGAACUGGCAAGCAAGCAGCAUUUGUCCUUGUUGGCCGGCGAGCAGAUUGCCUCUCUUCUCAUCUCUUUUCUUCUCUUCUCCCAGUUCCUGCGAUCCAUCCUCAUCCUCGUCCACCUCACUCCCUUAUUUCUUUUAUCUCUUCUUUUUUAUCCUGGAAGGAAAGAUGCUGUUGAAGUUCUGUUCCUUAAAAAUUGUGUCGUCUUGGGUCGUCGCAGUCGGGUUAAAACGGUGAUUGUAGCCCUCCUACAACAGAAACUUAAGGAUGUCCAGUACUACUGUCGUCACUUAGUUUUAAGAAAAAUGUAGCUUUUACUGAAAUCGUGCCGGGAAGAAGCUGCUGUUAAACUUUCGCAGCUUUUCCCCCGGGGGGUAUCUUUAAAUUUUUUUUUUUUUCAUUUUUUUUUUAUCCUUUCUUUUUGGUAGGAUGAUAUAACAUUUGGCUUUUCUUUUCUUUAUAGUCUUUGCAAUUCAGGUGUUUCAUGUAAUAGCAGUUCGAUGCCUAUGGCUUUAAUUGACUGCCUUUUGGAUGAAUUGCCAUAUUGCUCUCA